AUGGCACUGGCCUUGGGGAAACAGUGGUAUCCCCGUCGGGACUCGAGUUUACUGACGUCCACCAUUCUGCGCCGCACCUUCACAAGCCAACCCCCGCGCUUGUCAGGCCAUAACCGAUGGUCCACGAUCAGACAUGACAAGGCAAAGAACGACAAGGCGAAGAGUAAAGAACGACAGAUCAUCGCCAAGGAGAUCAGUAGCGCCACACAACUAUGGGGAGCAGAUAUCAAGUUCAACCCGCGUCUGACGCUCGCCCUCUCCAACGCCAAACGAGCCGGGAUCCCAAAGGUCGUGAUCGACGGGGCGAUUGCGAGAGGCCAGGGGGUCAGUGUGUCGGGACAGGCGCUGGAGCAGGUCACGAUCGAAGCGCUUCUGCCCCACUCGGUUGCGGCGGUGAUCGAGUGCCAGACGGAUCAGAAAGCGCGCCUCCUGCAGGAUCUUCGAUAUGCGAUUAAGGAUAACGGCGGGACCGUCACUCCGACGACAUACCUGUUUGAGAAGAAGGGGCGGAUCGUGUUCGAGAAGAAGGACGGCGUGGACCCGGAUGAGUACCUCGACCAAGCGAUCGAGGCGGGGGCUAUGGAUAUUGCGGCUGAUGCGGACGGUCGGCUGGUCGUGUUCACUGAGCCGACGGAGACGAAAAAAGUGGGAGACUCGCUGUCGAAGCUCAUCGCACUGCCCAUCGAAGAACUGGAGAUCAUCUGGGAUCCCAAUAAGGAUACCAUGGUGGAGGUGAAGGACGAAGAACAGGUCAAAGAACUUGAGGAUCUCGUCGGCUUUCUUCGGGAGGAGUCUGCUGUACGGGAUGUCUAUGUGAACGCGACGCAGCAGCUCUGA